GUAGUCCAAACUUUCAGUAGUUCCGCUCUUCCCACAGCACUUGUUGUUUCAUCCAUUUGACAUGUGCGCGAAAACUUUUUUCUAAUCUGAUUUUGUUUCAACUCUUGUUUAAAACUAUUUUAAGUAGAAAGAUUUAUGACAGUGGCUGUGAGUUAAAGAGUAAGAUCAUUCCAUUGAACUCUGCAAUAUGUCACCCGAAAACCAACAUUGUGUUUUUAAAAACUCACAAGUGCGCGGGGUCUUCCAUUCAGAACAUUUUAAUGAGAUACGGAUACACAAACAAUUUGAACUUCGUUCUCCCCAGAUCUGGAAAUUAUCUAGGACACCCUGUUCCUUUCAACCGGACGAUGGUUGGACCGGGCAGAUCUUUCCAUAUUCUUGCUCACCACACGAGGCUGAACUAUGCAGAAAUCCGCGCCAUUAUGCCACGUAACAGCAUCUACAUAACCGUUAUCCGUAAUCCAACCCAAGUGUUCGAAUCCUUAUUCUACUACUACAGUUUCGAUAAAUUGAUGGACUGUGAUAUUCACAAAUUUAUAGAGAGUAUGUUAUCUUACAGUAAAGAAUUCCUCACCAAAAGGUUCAAGAGGAAAUAUGGCGCCAACCAAAUGUUCUUCGAUCUAGGCGGUGAUCCAGAGAGCUUUUUCAACGACACUUUGAUGGUGAAGUACAUAGAUGAACUCGAAUACUGGUUUGAUUUGGUGCUGAUUGCUGAGCGAAUGGACGAGUCGCUGAUUUUGCUGAGACAUCUUUUGUGCUGGGAGAUGGAUGAUGUCGUCACUUUCAAGCUCAACGCCAGGCAUCCCAUGUUUAAGAGCAAUCUAACUGCCGCAGAGCAAACUAGUCUUUUAAAAUUGAAUCGUGCCGACCAACUCUUAUACGACCGCUUUUAUAAGAAGCACGAGGAACAAGUGAGAGCUUUUGGACAGAAUAGAAUGGAUGCUGAAGUUGCCGAGCUUAGAAGAGUUACCCAAAACUGGUACCAUCUUUGUGUGAUGGGAGAAUCGCCUUUCAAAAAGGGUUUCAAACCAACCAAACACUAUGUGAAUCCCAGAGUUUUAAAGAUCGAAACUAAUAAGAACGUUACCAACAGCUCUUGCAAUACUAUGACUAUGGAAGAAUUAGUUUUUACAGAUUUGAUAAGAAAGCGACAAAUGUUGAAAUACCCAUUAAGCUUCAAUCGAAUAAAAUAUUUGCAACGUCCCGUAAAUAGUCGAUUAAGAAAAUCCAAACUUAAGAAAAACAUCAUUUGAAUUGUUCAAAUCAUUUAUGUAUUCUAGUUUUCAAGAUUAUUAUGUUUUAUAAAAUUGAUUUGUAUUCAAUAUCUUCCGUUAACGUUCGCAAAACUAUGAAACUUAAACUGCUGUAUAUCUGACAAAUAUUCUUUUGAGUGUAGCUUGUAUUUUCUAGCUUGCAAUCACGUUUUGCUCUGUUAUAUUUAUUAAAAUAAUUGUGUGCUCCGUAAGAUUGCAAAGCCUGGUUAAAUUAUAGCAAAUGUUAAACACACACUCCUAUUAUUUUUUCUUUCAGUCAUUUUAGAAACUGAUAUUCAGUUAUUUUAGAAACUAUAUUAUAUUUUUCAAACGACUUUCUCAAUACUCAAAUUUAAUCAGUGGUAUUAUUUCAAACGUUAUCGAUUUAUGCGGUGCUACCAACCAGAAAAAGCCUAAUCGUUGCACCAAUUUUAAUGUUGUGAUGAGCAUUGUUUAUGUUGUCUGAUGCCAUUUUGUGGAGAGAAAAAAAACAUCUGUCAUUUAUAUUGUACGCACAGUUUGCUAGAUUAUAAUGAGAUUAGAGUCUUGGAAUAUGGCAAACUGGAUCUUUAUGUUGUAAAGAACGAUAUUGUGCCUUUGAAGUUCUAUAAUACAAUAUAAUUUUUUUUUAAAUAAAACAAUAUUUGUUUCA